AUGAUUUUCAUAGUAAAGAUAUUCAAAAAAAGUCUAACUGUUUCUUAUUCUCUAAUAGAUUGGCGGGAUAAAGAUGUUGUAGUUCCAGUUAAAGAUCAAGGUCAUUGUGGAUCACUUUGGGCAUUCGCAGCAGUUGGUUCAAUUGAAAGUGCAUAUGCAAUUAAAACUGGCAAACUUGUUUCACUUUCUGAACAACAAUUAAUUGAUUGUUCUAUUUUACUUGAAAAUAUGGGUUGUUAUGGUGGAUUAACGACUGUAGCUUUCCAAUAUAUCCAAGAAGCUGGUGGUAUUCAAACUAGCGAUACUUAUCCAUAUAAAGCAAUUGAAAAUACAUGUACAUUUAAGACAUCAAAAGUUGUCUUUAGACUGUGUGGAUUUGUUAAAAUUUCGUAUGGAAGUGAAGCAACACUUCAACAAGCAGUUGCUUUACUUGGACUCGUAGCAGCUUCUGUUGAUGCUAGUCAGGAUUUAUUUCAGUUCUACAGAAGUGGCGUUUAUAAUGAGCCAGAUUGUUCACAAACUCAACUUGAUCAUAGUAUGCUUAUUGUUGGUUAUGGAAAUGAAUCGAGUAAAGAUUACUGGCUUUUGAAAAACAGUUGGGGUGCAGAAGGUUAUAUUAAAAUGACACGUAAUAAAAAUAAUCAAUGCAGCAUUGCUACGUCGGCUAGCUAUCCAAUUCUUUGCUAA